AUGGCGUCGUCCUCGACCUCAUGCAGUGGCCGAGAUGACAAGGUUGUUAACUUGCUCACCAUCGCACUCCAAAGGAUCGACGACUUUAAGGACAAGAGCGCGGACGCGAGAGAGUACGCUGCGCAGGUCGUGGCGGCAGUGCGCGCCAACAACGACACACCAGAGGAGUUCAAGGACCAAAUGAUGUGCAUUAUCGCCAACGUCAAGAACUUGAACGGGGAGCUUGGUGCGGGGUCACACGAAGGAAAGGUCGGCAUAUCCGCUGUGGAGCUGGCCACGAUGGACGCUAACGCGAUGCGCUCUGGACAACAAAAGAGAAAUAUGGCGGCAGUGUUUCGUAAGCGCGCGCGUGAGCAGACUAGCGUCGACAAGACUUCUCUGCAUUGCAUCAAGUGUGGGCUGGUGCGUCAUGAUCGGCUGAACAUCAAUGAGCUUGCGCUCGACUCCGAGGCGAGCGGGUCCCACUUCGACUACAACUUCGACAACUCGUGUGCUUGCUCUCACUCUAGCGACGAGGAGCGGAGCAGCUCAGAUGAUGAGGAAGACGACAGCGCGGCGGGGUCGAAGGACGACUCUGCCACGGCAUGUGACAGCUACGGGGACUAG